AAGGGGAAGUCCUGCAUAUUGUGGCUCCCAACUUUCUUGUCUGCAGCUUCUUUGCACAAUAGCAGUUGAUUUUUUUUUAAUAAGGAUUAAAUUAAUUGAAUUUCCAAUUAUGGAAAAUAUGGAAUUCCAAAGCAGAGCUCACUCCUAUAUGAUUCCAGAGAAUGAAGAAGUUCCACACAGUGGUAUUCAUGAUGUCCAUAAUACCAAUGGAAAUGAAGGCGAGAAAGCAGUGUCAAAAUUACAACGUAGGCACAGUGACAUAAAAGUAUACAAAGAAUUUUGUGACUUUUAUGCAAGAUUUAAUAUGGCAAAUGCUCUUGCAAAUGCCAUAUGUGAGCGCUGCAAAGGGGGCUUUGCACCUGCUGAGAAGAUUGUUAACAGCAAUGGUGAACUGUACCAUGAACAGUGUUUUGUGUGUGCCCAGUGCUUUCAGCAGUUCCCCGAAGGGCUCUUUUACGAGUUCGAAGGAAGGAAAUAUUGUGAACAUGAUUUUCAGAUGCUUUUUGCCCCUUGCUGUCAUCAGUGUGGUGAGUUCAUUAUCGGUCGUGUUAUUAAAGCUAUGAAUAAUAGCUGGCAUCCAGAAUGCUUCUGCUGUGACAUCUGCCAACAAGUACUGGCAGAUAUUGGAUUUGUCAAGAACGCUGGCAGGCAUCUUUGCCGUCCUUGUCACAAUCGGGAGAAAGCCAGGGGUCUGGGAAAAUACAUCUGCCAGAAGUGCCAUGCAAUUAUUGAUGAACAACCGCUUAUAUUCAAGAAUGAUCCCUAUCACCCUGAUCAUUUCAACUGUGCCAAUUGCGGGAAGGAACUUACUGCUGAUGCUCGUGAGUUGAAGGGAGAAUUAUAUUGUUUACCAUGCCAUGAUAAAAUGGGUGUCCCCAUCUGUGGCGCAUGUAGGAGACCAAUUGAAGGACGAGUGGUGAAUGCUAUGGGGAAACAGUGGCAUGUGGAGCAUUUUGUUUGUGCAAAGUGUGAAAAGCCAUUUCUUGGUCAUCGUCACUAUGAGAGGAAGGGCUUGGCAUAUUGUGAAACCCAUUACAAUCAGCUGUUUGGUGAUGUUUGUUUCCACUGUAAUCGUGUGAUUGAAGGAGAUGUUGUCUCGGCUCUGAAUAAGGCAUGGUGUGUGAACUGUUUCGCUUGUUCCACUUGCAACACUAAGUUAACACUCAAGAACAAAUUUGUUGAAUUUGAUAUGAAGCCUGUCUGCAAGAAAUGCUAUGAGAAGUUUCCUUUGGAGCUGAAGAAAAGAUUGAAGAAACUAGCUGAAACUUUAGGGAGGAAGUAAAGCCUCCUUCUCAUCUCAUCUUCCUGUGCAAAAACGAGAAGAUAUUACAGCUAUUACUUGACUUUUAUUUUAUUUUUCUUUGAGGCUGCAAUUAGCAAUACAUAAGCAAAAAAAAUGAGUUUCCUUGAUGCAUGACUAGCUUCAUACUAAAGUACUUUCCUCCUUAUCUCCCGCAAAACAUGCAUCUAAAAACCCCUACAUUUUAUAUAAACCUCAUAACUAGCAAAAACAAAAUAUAUCUUCAAUUCUGUAUUUGAUAUUUACAUGUAUACAUAUUUGUUAUGUAGAUUGUACUUGCAUAGUAAAUUGCAGAUACAAAUUCAUGUUAAACUCUUAUGGCUCUGGUACUGCAGUGGGAUCUGCCUUGUACCCAUUGAUAUCAGUGGGAUUCUGUGCAGACAUAAGAUCUGCUUGUGCAUAUCCUGCAAGGACUUAACAGACAAGCCUAGCUUUCUGUACACAAAGAGUGCCGUUGAAGUUAACAGUAAUACUCGUGCACAGAAUUAAGCAUCAGAGGGGUAGCCGUGUUAGUCUGGUUCUGUAAAAGCAGCAAAGAAUCAUGCUGCAAAACGUCUGUUAGUCUAUAAGGUGCCACAGGAUUCUUUGCUGCUUUUACAGAAUUAAGCAUGUUUGUAAGUCUUUAAAUGACUAGCAUCCCUUUUUAUGGAACUAUUCAUUUUUUAGAUUCAGAUCCCAGUAGUCAUUAUGAAGCCUUAUUUUAAAUAUUUCUGAAGAAAGUCAAACUUCUAAGUGCAACCACUGCAAAAGUGUAGUGCCUUUAAUAGAUAAUUCUUACACAAUUAAUCUUUGUAUAUCAGACUUAAAAGUUGUAAUGGAAAUACAGAAAACAUAUUCCUGUUGCAAGAAAUAUGCAUAUUCAGAGCUACCUGAAUUUUGCUAUGUUCCGUUUAAAAUAAUCCAAUAACAUUCAUGAGUGUUUUUGUAUUUUACUUACAUUUUGUGCCUUAUUCUUCUGUAUCUUUCACAAUAGUAUUCCAAAAAUUUGAUGCAUUAAAUAUAUAUACAGUUUUAUUUUUAUUUUAUAUUUUUAUGCAGAAAAUGUAUACCAGGUAUUACAAGAGAUAAUAUGCUUUAACUACUUCAACUCUAUAGGACGUAUGCAGUUGUUUUUUCAAAUAUUGAGAACACCUGAAUUUUAAAAAAUACAUUACGUUGCUUCUAGGCUGAAUUAAUUUUUUUAAUAGUACAUGAAAUAAUUCUCUUUCAUCUCCUAAUGUUACUUUUACACCAGUGAGUGUAUGUAUAAAUAGUCUAUCCUGGAAGGUGCUGAGCACUUUCAGCUUCCAUGUCAGCCUUGAAGGACUGGGUCCAAACUGAUCAGAAUUCCCUAUAACAGACUUCAAAGUCUUAUGCUAUUCAUUUGUAUUCAGAAAGAAUCUAGGGGAGGUUUCCCUUCCUUUAGAAAAGUGCAGUAGUAUGGCAAACUUGUUUAACAAAAUUAAUAAAUAUGUUUUUCCUUUACUAUAGCAACCUAAACAGAUUGUAUAGGAUUAUAUUCUACCAACUAAAGUUUCAUUUCAUAUCUUUAAGAAAAAAUCUCCCUUAGUUGGUUUAAAUGCUAAGCUUCCCAGUGUGAUUAAUAAAGGCUACAGAAUACAA